AUGGCUGACCCGACUGCCAUCACGGCCGCUUUGACCGGCCUCUUUCCUCUGGUCAAAGAGGUCUUUUUAAUGACCCAGGUUCUCUUUGAGGCCGACAAGAAGCUUCGCUCUUUUUGGGCACGGGUGGAACUCCAGAGAGCAAUCUUUGAUGCCUGGGAGGAUGGGUGGCUCGAUGCCCGGGACAAGCCUGAUGAUAAGAUCAAAGCAUACGCAUUUGAAAAGCCACUUCUGGCAAGGGGUAUCUUGAAGGAAUUCGUGAGCCUGCUCAAGACACUCUCGGAUCCCGACAAGCUCAAGAAAAGAUACGGUCUGAGGCCCGACAGGAUCCCCAAGUAUGCGACCAGAAACGACGAUGUGCCGAGGGACUUGAGAUACUAUUCGGAUUAUCUCAGCGGUGUCGACAGCCGCUUCAACAUUAAGGGACUUCCUGCCUUCAACAAGAGCAUCAACGACCACUUGAACUUGCUCAAGACUGUCCGUUAUGUGAUAGUGGGAAAGGACUACGAGCUUGAGGAUGUAGUCAUCCGGUUCACCGAGUUCAACCGAGACUUGCAGCUGUAUACUGACAGCGAGGCCAACAACGAAGCGGUCCAGAGAAUCUACGAGGUUGUCCUGACGGGCCUCCACUCGAAGCCUGACGACCCAGCACGUCUUGCCGAGGCAGCUCUGUUCGAGCAAAAGGCAACCAUCGACCCCGACGCCAAGCGAUUCUACGGCGACAUCGCUAAAUUCAUCGGCUUCUCCCUCUCCCUCCGAGACGUCACCGUCCUCAACGGCCGCGGCCUCAGCCCCAACAUGCCCUCCCAAAAGAUCUUCACCCGCCGAGACUUCUCCUUCGACGCCCCUUACAAACUCGGCCCCCACUCCACCCUCGCCCGUCUUUUGGAUUAUCCAACCAAAUACCAAACCCGCCUCGUCCUCGUCGAGUGGGUCCCCGUCCCCAAGACCGUCAACGUCAAGACCAAGCUCGAAGGCCUCAAGUCGGAGUGGUAUGUUCUCCACGCUGACAAACCCGACGGUCUCCUUUUGCCGACCGCCCAAGGUCUGGUGUACGACAACACCGACUCCAACUUCAUCGGCAUCGUCUUCCAACUCCCGUCGCACAUCAGGACGGAAGUUCCCCCCAAGAUCGCCGGCCGGGUUGAUCACCGGGUUGUCCGCUCCCCCAAGACCACGGCCGCUCAAAGGAUGCCCACCAGCCUGAGGCAGCUCAUCCUCCAACAACCGGCCCUCGACCUUGGCGUCCGGUUCAAGCUGGCGCAAAAGCUUCUCAACUCUCUGCACUUGAUGCACACGGCCGGCUGGAUGCACAAGCGCAUCCGCGCCGAUAACAUACUCUUUUUUCCCUCCCAGAGCCGAGACGGCGAGCCUGACCCGACAAGACUGGACUUUGAGAACCCUUUUCUCGCGGGGUUCCACUCUGCUCGCUUGGAGAUUGAGACGUCGUCUGUUCUUGAGGUGGCUGCGAAGCCGCUGGAGCAUAUCCGCCCGCUUCAGGGGCUGGGGAAAGUGCUGAAUCAGCCUAGGGUUGUCGCGUUGGAUGCGUACCAGCAUCCGGAGUAUAGGUAUAAUGUCAACCUGCCCUACCGGAAUCAGUAUGACCUUUAUGGGGUGGGAGCUGUGCUGUUGGAGCUGGGGCUGUGGGAGACGCUCGAGAUGUUGGAGAAGGGGGAUAUUGGACGGAGGGGGUAUGAUCCGAGGGUUGUGCCGACCAAGGAUGAUAUCAGGAAGGAUGGGGAGACGGUGGAGAGGGCGGGGUGGAAGUUGGAUAGGAUUAUGGGCUCAACAUAUGGAAAGGUGGUGAGGGAGUGCUUGGCGCUCAAGCCUAUGCCGGGGGAUCUGCUUGGGUUGGAAAGGACGCUGGUGGCGAGGUUGGCUCAUUGCCAGGCCUGA